UACCUCAUAGGCAAAAUAGAUUUCACACGAACAGGUAUAUAAGUAUGGGGGUUGAUCAAGAUUCUUCCAUCAGUUGAUGGAGGAUAAAUGUGCAUACAUAACCAAUUGGAGAUACAAUUUGUUCAAUUUAUUCUACUAACAGGGAGAUGAACGCAAACACGCGAAGAAGAAGCAUAUAUGAGUGAUCGGUAACAAAAUUGAUGGAGGUAGUGGCGGUAAUAGCAGCAGUAGCGACAAACAAUAUGAUUAUAGUAUUAAAAAAAUGUGUGAGACUCCGUCCAAGUGAUCGAAAUAAUUACGACUACCAGCCAGUUUAUCGUAGACAUGGGUUGCAGCGUGUACUGUCGCACCUGUGCAGUACCUCCUAGGGAUUUAGCGGAUGGAAUGAUCGACAUUUUUGCAAACACGAAAAUUAUUGCACUUUUGAGUACUAUAAAGGAGUGGAAAUUGGAUAUUACGCAGGACGAUGGACUGUCGAAGUGUAUUUGUAAGCCGUGCGAAUUGGCGCUAAUUAAGAUUGAUACAUUCCGAUUGCAAGCGUUGAGAGCUAAAGAAUAUUUACAAAAGCGACUUCAAUCGUUAGAGGCAACUACUGUGGACGGUGAAGCAAUUAACGGCAAUGAAAAUGACCUUCAUAUUGAAAUAAAUUGUGGUGGAGUGGAGAUGCAUAACAGGGAAGCCUUACCUAUUCAAAUUUGUAAAAAUACAAUUAAUAUAUUUAAUGAAAAUGAGAAAGUGAGCGAGAAAGAGCAAUCAAACAAUAUGCAAUCAGGUUUAAGUGCAGUUAUUGAAGAAACGGGUGAGUUAUCGUUUGAUUCGAAUAUUGAGUCUAGCAGACCACUCGAAUUUCAGGUAAUACUAAUUGAAGAGGAAGAGAAAUUGACAUCACAGUGGAUAAAUGAAGACGAAAAUGCUGGAGAGAAGAGAAUUCAACCAUUUAUGAGGGGGGGAAAUGAAUAUGAGGAGCUUAACAAUAAUGACAAUAAAAGUGUAUCAGAGGUAGCUACAGAAUUGCAUCCAAUAAAUAUGCACAUUUUCACCAAACCGACAAAAAAGAAAUCAACUCACGGUAUACCCAAUGAAAAAAAAAUGAAAAGCAAAAAAAAAUGCCAAAAAAGGAAACAUUAUGAAAUCACGCCAAAAAAAAUUUUACCACUUGUUGAAAACAACCCACCGAAGACUGUUUCAGGGACACAAUUUCAAUUGAUUCAUAAAGAGACAAUAAAAGACAUAGGACCUCAAUGUAAAAAAUUAAGCGGCAUACCUUUGGAGGAUCAAGGGCAAAUGAAUGAUAUUCAAAAAUUAUUAGGCAGCAGCAGCAUGUCACUUGAGCCACUUAGAGAGCCAAGUACAUGCUCGUCCGACGAUUUACAAUCAGUUCUCAUGAAUCAAUUCACACUUCAAAUGAUCAAUGCAAAUGUUAACAUCCUUGAAGAAGAUUUGCAAAUUGAUGACUUCGAAACUUUGCUGGCCGCAGUUGAUGAGCAAGCCUCUUUAGCAUCGAUAAACAAUAAUAAAGAAAAAUAUUCCAGUUCUCUGGAAAACGGAGAAAAUAUACUAAAAGUAAACAAUGAAAAUCUGAUUGGUUGUAAAAAAAGAAUUCUAGCAUCAGAUAUAGGAAAAAGUACCUUGUCAGAGGCUGCUAUAUACAGUGAUAAAGAAACUGAAGGAUUUGUAACGGAAAUAAAUGACAAAGCCAAAAAUUAUGAAUCUAAAGUGGUAAAUUCUACAUCACUUAGCCCUUCUAAAAAAGUGUCAUAUAAUGAGGAGUCGACUGGUAAUACUAUUCUUAAAAAUAAUGCAUCUGGCGCUGUUGGCCGUUCAAAUAAAGUAACUUCAAGAAGUAUGCGUUGCCGCCUUUGUGUAUGUAAGGUUUCGGAUCAGCCACUUUUCGCUACAAAACAGAUGCUCGAUGAUCAUAUAGCUUCAGUACACGAUGAUAAAGAACGACCAUAUAAUUGCCCUCAGUGUACGGCGCGAUAUCGCACGCGAAGCGGGUGUGUAGCACACAUAAACGCCAUACACCUAAAAAAGGGGGACAAAUGUGAGUUGUGCGAUAAAAUUGUUGUAGGCGGCGCCGGACAAAUGCGUAUGCACAUCGAACGCAAUCACACCCACGGCAACUACACAUGUGAGAUCUGUCACAUAGAGCUAAAGAAUAUAUCACUUUACAAUUUCAAGUAUCAUAAAAGAUGGCACAAUGAAGAUAAAUUGUGGAGAUGCGAGUUAUGCGAGAAAGCAUUUGUUACGCGAACUCAUCUAAUAGAGCACAAAGUAACACAUACACGUCAAGGAAAGUUUCUUUGUACACGGUGCGGGAAAAGUACGCGCAGUAAAUGGGAGCUGCGUACACACCUCUAUGCCAUUCAUGGCGAAGGAGAAGCGCCAUUAAAAUGCAACUAUUGCGAAGAAAAGUUUACUCAACAUGUACAGAAACGAGCUCAUCUUGAGCGUUAUCAUCCCAUGGAGUUGGCUAAGCGUAUAGUUCCCUGUUCAAAAUGUGAAAAACAUUUCUCUACAGAGACUAAUCUUCAACGGCAUAUUAAGCAACAGCAUAAUGAAGCUAAAGCCUAUAUCGGACUCUCAGAUGUCGUGACGACUUCGCCAACACUUUAUGACGGAUUUAUGUGCGCACAUUGCCCUCGUAAAUAUCGCUCUAAGUAUGCCCUCAUUAAACAUCUAAGAGUGCAUGCGGUGAUGGCAGAUCGGCCAUAUUCAUGUCCUGAUUGUGAUAUGCACUUUAAACACUUCUCAGAAUUGGACAGGCAUGAUUUGCAGCAUCAUGCUACAGUGCGUCCAUACAAAUGUGAUGAAUGUUCCAAAGCUUUCGCUACAAAAACCGCGCUUAAAAUUCACCGACAAGUUCACGAAGUAAAGGGCAGAAACUUUCGAUGCCCAGAAUGUAAUCAACGGUUCAAAUUUGAGAAAUCUUUGAAUUUACACAUUAUUUCGCACAAAACAAUGCGCCACACCUGUGAAAUUUGUAAAAAGUCAUACAUACGACUAACACAAUUGAAAACUCACAAAAAGCGAUACCAUAAGAGAACCACCGAUUCAGAGGAAGAGUAACUCUACUCCAUCCCCACAAUUGAUGGGCCUACAUAACCAUAAUGUACCAAAGAAGUUGAACUCGGCAGCAUUCCUAAAAUUUCUUUUAGAAUAUUUUCUGAUGCUGCAACAACAACACGAGAAAAUGUAAUUUAUUAAGAAAAGAUAUGUAUCUUGCUAGAUACAGACAGAUCCUCCACAUGACAUGAUGUCGGGUAUACGUGACGUAAACGGACUCUAUUUUAUGUCUGACCAAUGCAUGUUAAAAGAAAAAUUAUCAACAACGACUUUCAAAUGUAAUUUUAAAUAUAAAUACGCUUUCAAAUUUAUUGUUUAAAAUCAAAUGUAUGAAUGUGAAUGUACUUACAUUAUAAAUGAAUGAAACAGGAUAUAUGUGAAACUAUUCUGUAUAAAUCUUUAGAUAA